GUGGUUCAGCCCAUUUGAGACCGCCCAUUUGACUUCUGCAACGAUAGUUACGAUACAUUAUGGCUGCCAGAGCUCCUGCGACUUCGAAGCAGCACUUGCAACCGGGCGCGGAUGAGGCUAUUUUGGCCAAGCUAGGAUACAAACAGGAGUUUUGUAGGGAAUUCACCCCGCUAGAGGUGUCAGGACUUGCAUUCAGCUAUACAGGAGUGCUCCCUGGUAUAGCCUCUGUGCUCUUCUAUGCCAUACCAAAUGGUGGGCCUGUCGCUAUGGUUUGGGGGUGGGCAAUUGCUGGUCCUUUUAUCAUGUGCAUCGGGCUGGCAAUGGCGGAGCUCGCGUCAGCAGCACCUACUUCUGGAGGUUUAUAUUAUUGGACUUAUUCACUUGCUUCUCCACGGUGCCGCAAUCUCCUGUCGUGGAUAGUUGGCUACUCGAAUACCAUACAGACUAUCACUGGAGUUGCUUCCGUAAACUGGGCUUGUGCAAUUCAAAUCGCAGCAGCAAUCAGUAUUGCCUCAGGUCAGGCAUAUGUGACUACCAACGAGCAGCUCUACGGUAUAUACACAGCUUUGGUCUUGUCACAUGCUGUCCUCGUGAGCCUCGGUACCCAAGUCUUGGCAAGACUGCAGAGACUAUACACAUUUGUGAAUUUGUGUCUCUGCUUCAUAGUCAUCAUUGCGCUUCCAAUUGCAACGCCACAUGAAUAUAGAAACAGUGCAAGUUUUGCACUAGGGGAUUUCACAAACUUGGCUGGGUGGCCAUCUGGAUUCGCCUUCAUCUUGAGCUUCAUGUCUCCUCUUUAUUCAAUAGGGGGUUAUGAUGCCAGCGUCCAUAUGAGUGAGGAGGCCUCAAACGCUGCUACUGCAAUACCAUGGGCAAUAAUCAGUUCUAUUGCAGUGUCGGUAGUUCUUGGUUGGGGAAUUAACGUUUCCCUUGCCUUUUGCAUGGGCACCGACCUUGAAAGUAUCUUAAAUAGCCCUAUCGGUCAGCCUAUGGCGCAGAUCUUGUACAAUUCACUUGGGCAAAGGGGGGCCUUGGCUCUGUGGUGUCUCAUUAUUUCAACGCUGUAUAUAGUGGCAUCGAACUCCCUCCUAGUCGGCUCUCGCCAGACAUUUGCAUUCUCUCGUGAUGGAGCCCUCCCAUUUUCACGAUGUUUGUACCGGAUCAAUAGCUACACGAAGACACCAGUCAAUACGGUUUGGUUUGAUGCCAUCUUUGUACUGGUGAUUGGGCUUCUUGCGUUCGUGAGCACCGCGGCCAUAAAUGCGGUGUUCACUAUCGGUCUUACUGCAUCGUAUGUUUCAUUCAUAACGCCAAUCACAACGCGCUUCGUUUUUAAGAACGAUUUCAAACCCGGCCCAUUUCAUCUUGGGAAACUGAGCUUUCCAAUUGCCGCGAUAGCCGUGUCGUCGAUGGUCUUUAUGAUCAUCGUUUUCUUCUUUCCUUCAACCCCGCAAACUACCGCACAAGAAAUGAACUACACAGUUGUGGUCCUUGGAGGGUACAUGACGCUUGCGAUUUUCUGGUAUUAUUGCCCGGUGUAUGGAGGCGUCCAUUGGUUUAAUGGACCUGUAGCCAACCUCACACCGUCCAUGAAAGAUGAAAGCAGAGACAAAAAUUCUCUAUCAAAGAAGGAACAACAUGAUGCAGAACUCUCCGUUUCAGUGGUGGACGUAUGAGUAGUGUUGGCCCGGUGUCAUGAAGUUGUCGGUACCCAAAAAUAACAUGUAUUUUAACAAAUUUCAAUAUAGUAAUAGAUUGAUACUGAAUGCAGGCGAAGGAACGUA